GAUCCUCAAAUUCCCCUCUUUAUUGGAUUUUAUGAGUGCGCAAAUAACUUUUUUUUCAAAGGUCGAAAUUGGGCUGAUGUUGCGUCGAUCCUUGUUGGAAAUACAAUUGAUUAUCUAAAAACUAAGGAAAGAGUUGAACAAGCAAUUGCAAAAAAUGCAAAUGAUUUCAGUCUAUUUCAACUACGUGGUUUUGCUUAUGAAAUGAUUAAUUUAUCAUGGUUGGAACGAAAAUUAUGCAAUAUCUUUUUUGCAAAGGUUCCAGAAUGUACGGUUGAUGAAGCAAUAGCUGGUUUUUCGGAGAUAUAUUUUGCGCCAUUUGCAUGGGCUUAUUGUAUAAUUUACUGUACCUUUCUCGGUGCUGUGCAUAUAAAAAAGCUAUUGGCUAUAAAAUUUCUCAAUGACGUGAAAAAUAUAAAGGAGAAAGAUGAUGGAAUCCUGGAAGAUAUUCAGCAAAUCCAAAAUCUAGUCGCAAAAUGUGGCUGA